CACAUCGACUGAUCGACAUCACCAACUGAUAAACUAUAUUUGUGUAAGCUGUCUCCCAUAAUUACAACAAUCGCUUUGGAAUCGCCGGCAGAUUUGGAGUCUUUUGGGUAGUAUUCAUGGAGCCUUUGUCAAAAUCUCCAUACGUCUAAUCAUUCCAACCCCUGUAACAAGACCACCCUUGUUUGUUGAAGAUGAACCGCAUGAGGAGAAUUGCUGGGAUGGGCAAAGCUAAGGUCCCAUCCGCAGUUCAGAAAGAUAAAGAUGAGAGCAUAGUUUUCUUCAGGGAGCUGUACAAGCAUGAGAAAGAUACGGAUAUGAAUCUCCUGGAACCGAUGUACUCUGUCGAGUUUGACGCUAUACAAGGUGGUCACAUGUCUAAACCUCCCAUGGGCAGGAGAGAUUUCCUCGUGCCAAUCGCCGAGAAGCAUGACUAUGACUGGCUGAAAACCCCUCCAGCUGCAUCUCUGUUUCCUUCCCUUGAGGUGGAAGCCAACUCCUCCAAGAUGGUUCUCCAGAAGGAGUUACCGAUCCUGCGACCGGUGAAACCUUUCGCUUCAAGGUUCUUAGGCAGACCAGAGGGGACCAAAAAAGCAUCAUCUCCACCUGGUCCUUCACCCAUGAAGAACUUGUCCAGAGGGGCUCCACCAGUCGACAAGAGAUCAACCCACACUGCCCUGCCCAGCAGGCAGCAGAAGCCAGCUGCUGUGACUGCUAGAGCUACCACUCCUACAAGUAGAAGCACAGCUAGAGCUGCUACUCCUACAAGCAGCAACUCGGCCAAGAAACAGUCAGACAGGUUCUAUGCAACCCAUGACAGCAGUGCAAAUGCAACGACAGAGGCAGUGGAGAGCCCAGAAGAAGUCCCUUACAUGGCACCCAAGAACCUGCUCACGACUGGGUCUGCAUUCCCCCGCUGCGGUGCACUAUCGGCGAUGGUGGUAAGACCUCGAUCUAGGGGUCAUGCAUUUGGUGCGGAGGUCAAAGGAGAAAGUAUCGGGUCAAGGCGGCCACCUCCGUGCCCCGCAGCGAGAGGUUUCAAUGAGCCGCAGGCAGAUAGCAGGAAGAACGUUUUACCAGCGAAGGGAAAAGCUGUACCUGGCACUGGCGGCGAGCCUACCGGUGAGGCUGUGCGGCCCAAGGGAAUGAGAGCUGCAGAUGGGAAGAACGAGCGGAGACGACCAAGGUUUGCAGACAAGUGAAUAUGUAUCAUCGAAUUAUAUGUUCAGAAACAUGACGGUUUAAGCAAAAACUAUCGAAAUCUAUGCGUUGUUUGCAGAUGUUGCAAAUAUGAAAAAUCAAAGUUCCAAACGACAACCAUGUAAAAUUUGCUCCUUCAAUCGCAGCCUCCUUUUCUGUUAAUUUGUCAA